AAGGUCUGACUACGGGAGACUAGGGCAAAACGUUAAUUCCUGUAAUGGAACCUCUGGAGGAAUAUACAGACAUAUCUUAUAUCCAGUCUGAACCACCCAACAACUUCCAUAACUUCGACAUCUAUAUCCCGAAACAAAACAGGUUACUGAACACCUCGGAUGAACAAUCUCACAUUACACCCCCUCUAGUUUGUUUCAUACAUGGAGGUGCAUGGAGAGGCGAAGAUAAGCUCGAUCAUGUUGAACUGGCUCGUGGACUUGCGAGUUUCACUGGAUACGUAGUGGCGGUCCCAAAUUACCGCCUGUCCCCUCGCGACACGACGGAAGAGAAUGCAUUCCUUCAUCCCAAUCACGCGAAAGAUAUCUUGCGAUUUCUCGAAUUCGUUAUCACUUGGGGAGGCCCGGGUGGCACCAGUGUCUAUGACCCAAACAGAUUGUGUUUGAUGGGGCAUAGCUGUGGUGCUCAUAUGUUGUCAUCGAUCUUCCUCGAGCCUACCCAAGGCGAGGACCAUUUGCGCCCCUCAGCCGAGCUUCUUAAAAGCAUAAAAGCCAUGAUCACUUCAGAGGGAAUAUAUGACAUCGAUCUCCUUCUCUCAAGUUUCCCCACUUAUAGGGCUUGGUUCGUCGAGGCUGCAUUUGGUCGGCGGAGUACCUACGGAGAAAAUUCAGUCACGAAGAUGAACCCGAGGGUGGAGUACCAUCACUUGCAAUGGUUAAUUGUACAUUCCAAAGGCGACACUUUAGUCGAUGAAGCCCAGAGCGAAGCAAUGUAUCAGCAUUUACUUCACACUAUCCCUCAUGUUACGAAGAACUUUGGAGAACUCAUAGAAGAGCACAAUGUCAUACUGAAAGGCGCAGCAUUUGUAAGACUUGUUGGACAAUUCAUUUUAGAUAAAGUGCCUCUUUCUACUUGA